GGAAUUUUAUUGAUGUUGUGUAUGGGACACUCUGGAUUCGGUUGUCUCAGCCAGCCGGUUAUUCCUCUCAGCCAUUUGUUGAACGUAGACUACGGAUGCUCGGCUAUGUGUUGUUGUCGAUUUGACGUGAGGAAGCUAGAGGGAGGCAAGUCCAUGACACCAUGAGUCCUCCAGCUCUGCCCGUGGUUUUCUGCUGUUGUCACAGGAAAAUCUGGUUGCAUUCAGCAACAGGAAGCGAACACAUCUUCUAUUUCCAACCCAAUUAUUAUCUGCCCCCGGAUGAUGCUACGGAAGGACAAGCAUAAUGAAUAGAUACACUACCAUCAGACAGCUCGGGGAUGGCACCUACGGCUCAGUCAUCCUUGGCCGUAGUCUGGAGUCAGGAGAACUAGUUGCCAUAAAGAAAAUGAAAAGAAAAUUCUACUCCUGGGAAGAAUGCAUGAACCUUCGUGAAGUUAAGUCCUUAAAGAAACUCAAUCAUGCGAAUGUGAUCAAACUUAAGGAGGUAAUUCGAGAAAAUGAUCACUUGUACUUUAUAUUUGAGUACAUGAAGGAAAAUUUAUAUCAGCUGAUGAAAGACAGGACUAGGUUGUUUCCUGAAUCUGCGGUCAGAAAUAUUAUGUUUCAGAUACUACAGGGGCUUACAUUCAUUCAUAAACACGGGUUUUUUCACAGGGACAUGAAACCUGAGAAUCUUCUGUGCAUGGGCCCCGAACUGGUGAAAAUUGCUGACUUUGGGCUUGCUCGUGAGAUCAGAUCUCGACCACCAUACACAGACUAUGUCUCGACUAGAUGGUACAGAGCACCAGAGGUGCUCCUCAGAUCCACAUCCUACAGUUCACCCAUAGACCAGUGGGCAGUUGGGUGCAUCAUGGCAGAGCUUUAUACCCUCAGGCCUCUUUUCCCAGGCUCCAGUGAAGUAGACACCAUAUUCAAGAUUUGCCAAGUUUUGGGUACACCAAAGAAGAAUGAUUGGCCAGAGGGUUACCAGCUGGCAAGUGCAAUGAAUUUCCGUUGGCCUCAGUGUGUUCCCAGUAAUCUGAAGACACUGAUCCCAAAUGCCAGUCCUGAAGCCAUCCACCUGAUGACAGACCUGCUUCAGUGGGAUCCCAAGAAGAGACCAGCUUCUGCCCAGGCUCUCAGGUACUCUUACUUCCAUGUGGGCCAGGCUUUAGGCACUCCUCAGCAGAUCCUGGAGCAGGGCAGACCUCAGCCAGGUCUUGUGCCGCUGCAGGCUCCUUUACAGUCACAGCAGACUCUGCAGCAGCAACCCCUGCUUCUUAAGCCUGUCCCCCCCUCCCAGCCUCCACCUCCCAACCAACACUGCUCCCCCUCCAGGCCUCUCCAGCAGAUCCAGCCCUCACCUGUAUCAGCAGCUGCCCAGGCGGCAGUGUACCAACGGCACGCAGAGCUGAUGCGAGAGCAGCAGCCAAAGCACAUCCUGAAGCAGGAACAGACCGAAGGAACGCCACAGAGCCAUCUUCCUUACAUUGUAGACAAGAGUCUCCCGAGCAAGCAAACGAGACAGGAGUCAGAAAAUGCCAACCUGCUGAGCUAUCAGUUGAAACCUAAAGGAGGACGGCGGCGUUGGGGCCACGGCACAGGUCACCUUAAGGGUGAAGACUGGGACGAGUACGAAGAAACUGAUCUGACAUCCAUAAGUAUUCUUGGAAAAAGCAGCUUCUCCACAGAGAAGUCGAGGCAGGGGGAGGACGCACUGAGCAGAUAUGGAAAUGUUCUGGAUUUCAGUCGACCCAGUGGAAAGGAAGAUGCACCUUUAAACCUGAACAAGACUUCAUCCUACCAAGAGCCAUCAAGAACCGCCUCUGCUAAACAACAUUACUUAAGGCAGUCAAGAUAUUUACCUGGCAUUAGCACAAAGAAGAAUGUGGCCAUGAAUGCCAGUAAAGACUUCAGUGGCAGCCAUCUUUGGGGCAACACUAGUAUUCCAUUUGGUGGGACUCUACCGAGCAGAGGCGCUCACGGUACAAAUACAAUCCCAGGUGGAUACAUGCCAUCAUUUUAUAAAAAAGACAUUGGUUCUGCCGGUCACAGAGGGCAUCAGGGUCCUUCAGUGGAAUCAACAGCAUCAAAUUAUGCAACAUGGCGGUCUGGCAGGAGUCAAAUGAACACCUCCAACAACAUGCCGUUGGCCAACAAGAGCACCGCUGGUGUGCUGCCUCGCCCUCCGGUACAGACCAUACACGGGCGAACAGACUGGUCUGCCAAAUAUGGACACCGCUAGUGGCCUCCCUGGAGCUCUGAUCUGUGCCCCAGAAGAGAGAUCUUUCACCUCCAAAGAGUAGGCCUAGUUGUUUUAUAAUCAAAAUCUGUAUAUACAUCUUAUACAGCAAUAAAUUUUGUUUCAUUAUGUGUACUAUGGAUGUUGUGAGUUGUAAAAUAUCAAAGUGUAUGUGUACGGCUAAAUGCAAAUGGCCAAAAUUCGAGCUCAGAUUUGCUCCUCAGUGUUUUAUUUUGUAUUUCUGUAACUUAACUACUGUCCUACAGAGGUUACACCUGUACCCUCAGUUUUGUAUCAGAUUUAUCAUUGAAUGUUGUUCACCAACUUGUAUACAUAAUAUGCAUAUUAUAACUUUAUGAAAACUUCACUGUGACUUGUUUUUGGCUAACUAAUUACUUUGGCACUGUACAAUACAGUCGUUUUUUUUUAUAUUGCUGCUGUUUGUUUUAUAAUGGUCACCUUGUCAAUCAGUUAACUAUUAUUUGUGUGUUAAUGACAUCCAAGGCAGUGCUGUAAUUUAAAUUUAAAUGAAUACAAUUCAAGUCAUUGCCACAUUGUAUAAAUCUGUUUCAGUUUCAGCAGUAACAUGAUCCAAAUUAACAUGUUCUUGGCCAAAUUGAGUGUGAUUAUUUAAUGGCCAGUUAUUGAGUAUAAUUAAACUUUUG